AUGCUGUUGCGAUUCUACAAGUUGUGCAGAGGUUGGGCCAACCAGCUCAAAACGGAAAAUGGAGAUGGAAACGGGAAUGAUAAUGAUGAAGGAAAUGGUGAUAACAUGGAAGGUACUCUGAUGACCUUGGCCACUUUUCUCAAGAUUCAUCCACAAAGUUUCAGAGGUUCAACCAACCCUACAAAAGCAGAUAAUUGGUUCCAGGCCAUGGAGCGUGCGUUACAAGCACAACAUGUUUCGAACAACAAGUAUGUGGAGUUUGCUACACACCAGCUUUUGGGAGAGGCCCAGCAUUGGUGGCAAAGAAAAUGCCGCUUACUACAGCUUCAGAAUGCCGACAUUCCUUGGGAUGUAUUCCAAACGGCUUUCUACAAGAAUUACUUACCUGAAUAUACAAGAGAAGUGAAAGAGAUGAAAUUUAUGCAGCUGAAGCAAGGUUCUUUGUCUGUGGCGGACUAUACUAGACGAUUUGAGGAGCUCUGUAGGUUCUUUGUCAGGGUGCCCCGGAGACCUAUCAAAGCUGGAAAUGCAUUAACUAUCAAAGGGGCUAGAAGGAUAACAUCAUGA